AUGGACUUUGCUCCACGAAAUCCUGUUUCACCAAAUGCAUUUGUCCUAUUCUUGAUCUUCGCCUGGUCUUUCAUUUUCAUUUUUCGACGACAAAUUCAACAUUCAAAUGCUCAUUGUUCAAUUAUUAUUGCGAUGAUAAUAACAGUUUGCUCGUGAGUUUCAGCAAUUUUUCAGGCAUCCAAAAAAUGAUUUCAGAAAUCCUCUACAUGGUCGCGAAAUCUCUGAGCAUUUGAUCAGAUUUCUCCAAUUGAUGAUGCCGUGGAUGAUAUAUUGUGUGAGGAGUGAAAUUGACCGAGCUUCUCGUUGA